AUGGUUAAGAAGCACAUAUGUAGUGGUCUAAUUGAGAGGGUCCAUCAGCCACUAGCUCGUAGUGAUUGGGUGGCAAAAAAGAUUAAAGGUCACCUUCUUGACCAACCAAAAAUUAAAGCAAAAGACAUUGUAAAGGAUGUUCAACAUGAUCACAGGGUCAGGCUUUCCUACAUACAAGCUUGGCGAGGAAAAGAGGUUGCUAGAGAGAUGAUAGAUGAAUCACAUAAACAACAAUACCAUGACCUCCCUCUGUAUAUUGAGAAGAUUAGAAGAACCAACCCGGGAACUGAAGUUCGCAUCCACAUAGAUGAAGGCAAAUUCAAGCGACUAUUCAUUACCUAUCGUCCAUGCAUUAUGGGGUUUGUCAGUGAAUGCAGGCCACUAAUUGGCAUUAAUGGAACAUUUCUAAAAGGAAAGUAUCAAGGCAUUUUAUUGUGCACUAUCGCAGUAGAUGCAAAUAAUGGGUUCUUCCUAUUGGCAUUGGCAGCAGUUGAGAAUGAGAAUUACCAGAGUUGGUAUUGGUUCUUAAGUAUAUUGAGUGAGCUCUUAAAUAGGUACCUUAAUCUACCUGCCUUAACUAUUAUAUCACAUCGACAGAAAAGCCUGCCAGAAGCAAUAGAAAAAUGCUUUCCAACAUGUUUUCCAUCAUUUUGCAUGCAACAUAUGGGAAAGAACUUCAAGGGCUUUAUGAAGAGGUCAGCAAAUACUGAAGUAUUGCUUAUGCUAUUUUGGAAGGCUGCUCGUAAAGCGACCAUUGGUGGGUUUGAAAAAAUAAUGUUUAAUAUACAGUGUGCCGACCUAGAAGCAUAUGAUUGGAUUAAGAAUAUUCCACCCAAAUUUUGGGCAGAUGCAUAUUUUUCAGGGUCUAGAUACAGUCAUCUUACAUCAAAUGUGGCCGAGUAUUUCAAUGCUUGGAUUUUAUCAGCUCUAGAGAAGCCGAUCAUUACAAUGUGUCAAGAAAUAAAGAUACAGUUAAUGGCCAGGUUUGAAGAGAAGAGGGAAUUAGGCAAUACUUGGAGUGGCAUGUUAGUACUGAAGGCCCAAUAA